AUGUAUCCACAGCCCCCGAAGAGUAUCGGGUGGACCGAGUUCUCCUGGCCGCCACUCUUUCCCGGCCGUGUCAAAUUCGUUUACGCGGCGGACGAAAUCAAUGGCACCGAGUGGGCUCAGGUCGACGAGACUGACGAAAUCAACGCCAGCGACGUGCAGAACACCACUUCCUCGCUUGUCAGCUUCUGGCUGGAAUACGAUGAGGUUUCGCUCAAUAACACCGACGUGACGAUGCAGACCGAGAUAGUUGUCUUCUACACCAACGCCAACACCGAGGUCGGAGGCUCGCACAACGGCUGCGAGAGGGUGCUUGGUGAAGAGUGCAUCCAAAAGAUCAAUACCACGUUGAUGAACAACUACUGGAACACAUACCAUUCCAGGGCCCUCCCUCUCUACUCGCUCCGCAACCUGACCGACGUAUGCCCUGAGAUUCUCGUUUCUGAAAAGCAAGUUAUCGGCCACCGACUGCCAGAGAUUCGGGAUUACUACACGGUCGUCAAUACCCGGUUGCUCGCGCUAGAAAAGGCCCCAAACGAAACUGCCCAAACGUACUCCGACGAGACCCAAAUCAUGUACACGGGCAACUGGUCCUAUACCUAUUCACGCCAAGUCAAUGGAAGGCGGCCCUUGGCGCAACAGAAGAGCAGAGUUGCCAUCGCCAUCUUGAUGCGGCACCCUGAGCAGCGGCUCCCCCACCAGCCAGACUUGCACGUAACAACAGUCUGUGCCAGGUUGGACGGCAAUGCAAGUUACUCGGGCGGCGACAAUGAUGAUGGUCGGUUCUACCCAAAUGGAGGAGCUUAUGUGGCAUCGUUCGUAAAUGUGGCUCUCCUACUCACUGUCACCGGGCUUUCUCUUGGGUUUACAGUGGGAACUAAGCUAUGGUGA